AUGAAGACAACUUCGGUCAUCUCCGCGUUGGUGACACUCGCCUCCAUCAUCAGGGCUGCACCGCUCGCCAGUUCCGAUCCCGCCUUUUCCACGCCCAAAGCUACGCUGGAUGCGGGGCUUGAGUGUCAAACUGGCUCUCCCUCUUCGCAGACCAAGCCGAUUCUUCUGGUUCCGGGAACCGGCGCCAAUGGCACCCAGACGUUCGACUCGAGCUGGAUCCCUCUCUCGGCCAAGCUCGGCUUCUCUCCCUGUUGGAUUUCUCCUCCGCCCUUUAUGCUCAACGAUUCCCAGGUGAAUGUCGAGUACAUCGUCAACGCGGUUCAGACACUCUACGCCGGUUCUGGUUCGAAAAAGGUGCCCGUGCUCACGUGGUCGCAAGGUGGCCUCGCCACGCAGUGGGCACUCACGUUCUUCCCGAGCAUCCGAAACCAGGUGGAUCGAUUGAUGGCUUUCGCCCCGGACUACAAGGGAACCAUCGAGGCGGGACUUCUCUCGACGUUCGGAUUGGCGAGUCAGUCGGUUUGGCAGCAACAGGCAGGUUCGGCGUUUGUGACUGCGCUCAAGAAUGCGGGUGGUCUGACCAGCUUCGUUCCCACGACGAACCUCUACUCGUUCUUCGACGAGAUUGUGCAGCCACAAGUGUUCAACUCGGACGCGGAUUCGAGCUACUUGGGAAACUCGAAGAACAUUCAGGCGCAGACGGUGUGCGGUGGAUUUUUCGUCAUCGACCACGCUGGCUCGUUGACUUCUCAGUUUUCGUAUGUCGUCGGCAAGUCGGCUCUUACUUCAAGCAGUGGUGUGGCCAACAGCGCCGAUUACAGCAGCAAGGACUGCAAGGCUUCUCCCGCAGAUGACUUGAGCGCUAAGCAGAAAGCCGACGCCAGCGCACUGCUAUUCGUCGCCGCUGGUAACCUGCUAGCGGGUCCCAAGCAGAACUGCGAGCCGGAUCUCAAGCCCUAUGCUAGACAGUUCGCCGUCGGCAAAAAGACGUGCUCUGGAACGAUCAAUUGA